UCUCAGAGAGUGACAGGUGUGGUGAGAGACGAACAAAAAACAGAAACAGGCACACAGAAGAGACGAGAGGGAAGAGAGCGACAGGUGAAAUACUGGAAUUAAAAACCAACUACAGGUGAAAGGAAGAUAAAGUGGUGUUCUUGCAUCCAGUGCUGACUUGACUGAACAAACCAUUUUGUGGAUCCAACAGAGACAGAUGGAUUUAACAAAACAGAGAGAAAAAGACAGAGACAGAGAAAGAAAGAUGGCCGGGGCCCCGAAGAUUGAACUCUUCGUUAAGGCCAGUGUUGAUGCUGAGAGCGUGGGGAACUGUCCUUUCUCUCAGAGACUCUUCAUGAUUCUUUGGUUGAAAGGGGUCAACUUCACCCUCACCACUGUGGACAUGAAGAGAGCACCUGAUGUGCUGAAAGCUUUGGCUCCAGGCUCUCAGCCUCCCUUCCUCGUCUACAAUGAUGAGGUCAAAAGGGACAUUAACAAGAUCGAGGAGUUCCUGGAGGAAAACUUAGCCCCACCAGAGUAUCCAAAAUUGUGCUGUUGCUACAAAGAGUCCAACAAUGCCGGAGAAGACAUCUUCCGAAAUUUCUCAGGAUAUAUAAAGAAUUCCGAUGUUGGAUGCAAUGACAGGCUAGAGAAGAAAUUUCUGUCAACUCUGGUGAAGCUGAACAUGUACCUAGAGACGCCUCUCCCUCAUGAGCUGGACCAGAACCCGAAUGCCACUGAGUCGUCUCGCCACUACCUGGAAGGUGACACCCUCACCUUGGCAGACUGCAACUUGCUUCCCAAACUCAACAUUGUCAGGGUGGUGUGUAAGGUGUACCGCAACUUUGAAAUCCCUGCAGAGCUAAAAAGUCUGACGCGUUACCUGGAUAAGGCCUACAAUCAAGAUGAGUUUCGUCACACCUGCCCAAAUGACUCAGAGAUCCUCCUUGCCUACAAAUGUGUGGCAAAGUACCUGAACAAACAACAAACCAAGGGGGGGAAGAUGAAGCAGUGUAAGUGAGAACAAAGAAGAAUGGAAUGAGAAGUGCAGAGAAAAGGUGAUAAAAUGCCUUAAAACUGUGCUUGAUUUAUGUUUUAUUUGUGUCAAAAUAAGAGUCUGGAUGGUGAAUAAUUGUUUGCAGUGGCAAUAAUUAGCUUUCUAUCAAAAGUAUUGCUGUUUUCAUCAAUUGAGAUUUAAUAUAUUUGCUAACUGCUACUUCAAAGUUGCAUAAAAUUUGUAUAUGUUUAUACUUUUGCAUUCUCUGGUUGUACUGAUAUAAAUGUCUUAUUCAGUCCCAGUAAGACUGAGAAAGCACUGUAAAUCCCAGAGAAUGUUUAUAUUAUGUUUCAUUAUGCAUACAUUUAUUGCAUGUAAGCAUUUACGUAAUGUUGAUUGCAAUUUAUUAAUGACAUUUUGACAUGAAAUCAGAUGCUACUUUAAAUUAAAUAUUAUAUGUUCAGAAAACUACUAGUAUGUUUACACUAGUAAUUUAAAGUAUCUCAGUAGUGACUCAGUUAUGUUUAACUUUAACAUAAAUUUAAUCUAACUGAAUAAAGACAGGGUGAAGAAAAAGAGAAAACAUAUUUUGAUAUGGUAAAUAUUAAAGACUAUGUGAAAACGUUUGGUGUUGGUUGUGUGAAUAUUGGGCAAUUAUGUGUGAAAUUAAGUGAAAACAAUGUACAUGUAAAUGUCAGGAAAAUAAAAUAUAUUAAGUUAUA